AUGCCGUCUUGUGGGUAUCUUUGGUUGCACUCUGAUUUGGUGGUACCCGGAUUUAAAUCUAGCUUGGAAUACCGUGCACCUCCCAGUUCGUCGAAUAACUCGUCAAUGGCGGGGAUGGGAAACCUGUCUGGAAUUGUUACCUUGUUGAGUGCCCUCUAUUGUUUUUUAUUGACUUUCUGCUUUUCCCUAAUUUUCUUCCAGUCUGAAGUAUUCGCUGUUGCAUUUGCACUACUUGCCGCAGGUGCUGUGAUAUUGACAUUGAACGUGCUGCUAUUGGGUGGGCACAUAAUAUUCUUCCAGAGUCUGAGUCUUCUGGGUUAUUGUCUAUUCCCACUUGAUGUUGGAGCCUUGAUCUGUAUGUUGAAGGACAAUGUGAUAGUGAAAGUGGUUGUGGUGUGUGUGACAUUGGCUUGGAGCUCAUGGGCUGCCUAUCCUUUCAUGAGUUCAGCCGUGAACCCCAGGAGAAAAGCCCUUGCGCUCUACCCUGUCUUCCUCAUGUAUGUCUCUGUGGGUUUUCUUAUCAUCGCCAUUGAUUAAUGAAAUGAUGCUGCCCAUUAUAGGGGAUUCCCAUACCCAAUUGUAAGUCAUCCAUCUAUAUAGGAAUUUUGUAUGUUGGUCAAUUUUUUUCCCAUGUUAAUCUAUUUUUUGACCCCUACUUCUGACUUAAUAUGUUUGGAGACUUGAACUUUGAAAUAUUAUACUUUGUAUGAAAGAAACUCCUGGGUGGCUCUGCGCUUCAUUCUUUCA